GCUUGGAAAUCCGGUUUCAAUUACUCGCAAUAAGCUUGGAAAUCUGGUUUCUUUCACAGAAGACUCGAAAGUUGCAUAUACUCAAGAACUUGGGAAAACCAGUUUUUUAAACUUCUUGACGCAGAAGUUUGACAGUUUAAGGAUUCUGCUCCAAGCCUUGCCUUUCUGUCAAAAGCUGAAAUCAAUUGGGAAGCACGAACAAACAAGUGGUGACUCUGUAUCCUCUACAUCAAAGGGGAAGAAGGUAGAUAAGAUAACUCGGAGAAAAGGAAGAGGGGACGGAAAGCUGUCGUGGUUUCGUUUUGAUUGCGCACAACAAUCGGAAAAGGUUGGCCUAGAUGUAAUAGGAUUAGGAAACCUUUAUGGGAGGCACCUAAUCCUUAAAGCCUAUAUAUGGACCUUGAUCCCUGCUCUAGCAAUUACACAAGCAUUCAAGUUCUCUGCCCCAUUACUGAGAUUACAUUCAUCAGAUUGCUCAGAGGAGAAGAUCAAACAUGUCCUAUCCAGACCUAUACUCAUCAGGAUUAAAACCCUCAUGUGUAACAAACAAGGUUCUUGGAGGAAGGAGCUCAGAUGUUCAUGCAAAAACCGAUCAAACAGUCAGACAUUAAGCAAUUGAGAUGUCAUCUGAUGAACUGCAGAAGCUGAACACACAUACUUUGUUCUGGAGGAGAAGCUAAAGAAAUCACCUGCUAAUUUUGUUUUUGGGUUUUUUUUUUUUCCUCAUAACUUGCUAUCUUCAUAUCUUGAUGAGUUCUUUUAAAUGCAUUUCCAUCUCACUGUUGUCCUAGUGUGACUGAAAUCAUUUGCUACUGUGGUGAUAACUGGAUGGAGCAAAACUGUAAAUAUAUAUUCAUUGAAAAGAAAUCUGUACCAUAGUAAAGAGAUCAUAUCUUAGUACAUAAAGAAAUCAGCUGCUAAUUUUUGUUUU